AUGAAGCUCCACCCAUCUGAAUUAAGACGAAAAAACCCCAAAUUUGCAACAAUCGCAGCCAUAACCUUCCUCCUAACCAUCCCUCUCUACUUCUCCUUCUUCGCAAAUUCCUCCAAAAAACUCCCCGAAAAAGCACCGGCGGCAACGCCAUCACACGGCGAGUCGAAGAUCCGAUCCAAAGCGCAGGACCUGAAAUGCGACCUGUUCACCGGCGAGUGGGUCCCGAAUCCCAAGGCCCCUUACUACACGAACGAGACCUGCUACGCGAUCCAGGAGCACCAGAACUGUAUGAAGUUCGGGCGGCCCGACACGGGGUUCAUGAAGUGGAGGUGGAAGCCCGAUGGGUGCGAGCUGCCCGGGUUCGACCCGAACCGGUUUCUGGAGCUUAUGAAGGGGAAGUCGCUGGCGUUUGUUGGGGACUCGGUGGCUAGGAAUCAUAUGCAGUCCUUGAUCUGCCUCUUGUCCAGGAAUGGAGGAACUCUUGAAGCAUCUCUAUUGGGGUUUGAGGGGGUUUGGAGAGUUUUGAAAUCUAAACCAUGA